GUGUUUGACCUUGCUGAGUCGCCGUAGUCAGCAUGGUUUUCCCCUGUCAGUGACUUGCAGAGCACUAGCGGGCUGGCGUGUGUGUGUCUCUCUAACUCCUGGCAUGUCACUGUAUUCAACACUUAGGCUUGUGAGGACCGACCUCAAGGUCCUGCUGACUCAGCCAGCCCAGUCUCUCCACUCCAGCGCCCAGCGCCUGGCUGCUGACAAGACCCUGCUGGUGAAACUGCGCAAGAGCACCGGCUACUCCUUCAUCAACUGCAAGACAGCGCUGGACAAGUUCAGCAACGACGUCAAGGAGGCGGAAAGCUGGCUGCAUGAACAAGCGCAGAAGGAGGGCUGGAGCAAGGCUUCCAAACUGCAGGGCAGGAAGACCAGAGAGGGGCUGAUCGGGCUGCUGCUGGGGGAGCAGACUGCCGUCCUGGUGGAGGUGAACUGUGAGACGGACUUUGUGGCAAGGAAUGUGAAGUUCCAGCAGCUGGUGAAGGAGGCAGCCCUGGCCACGUUGGCACACCAUCAGAAUAAGCAGGGCAGCCCAGCCAGCUACACCAAGAGCAUCCUGGGUGCAGAGCAGCUGUCCCAGCUGAGAUCGGUGUCCGAUGGCUGUCCGCUGUCUGACCAGGUGGCCCUGGCGAUCGGCAGGCUGGGUGAGAACAUGGCGCUGAAGAGGGCAGCACUGGUGGCGGUGUCGCCUGACUGCCAUAUCGGCUCCUACGUCCACGGCGCCCUGCCCGCUGACGACCCCUCCCUUGCGGGCGCCUCCUUCGGGAAGUACGCCGCUCUGGUGGUGUGCCACGGCGGGGCGGGGCCGCUGGCGGAGAUCGGGCGCCGGCUCGGGCAGCACGUGGUGGGCGAGGCCCCCAGCUCCCUGGGCUCCCUGGACGACCAGCCCCGCGGAGACUCGGAGACCAGGCUGCUGGCGCAGUCGUUCCUGCCCGACCCCAGCCGGACAGUGGGUCAGUACAUCCAGGAGAAAGGGGUCAGAGUGCUGGACUUCGUCCGCUUCGAGUGCGGGGAGAGCGUGGAGCCGGAGCAGCAGAACUAGAGGAUCCUGCCCUGCCCAGCGUUGACCAGGUCAGGCUGUACUAACAGCUCCUUCCCCUUCUGAGAUGCAUCACCCACUGCAAGCUGACGUUGCCUUACUGAAGGUAUACCGAACCUCAGUGAUCUAUUCCAAUGAUCCACACUGCGGUGGAUCUCAAUACUGCCGCUGUUCACUGUGUAAUAUUACCUGGGCUGGGGUUUUCCACGCUUGUUAACCCUGUAAUGCCCAUCUGUGUCAUGUGAUCCUCUAUAUUAUUAUUUUUUAAAUCCAGCCAGAAUUUUUCAUAUGCAGUACAGGGGAGCUUCCUAAUAAAAGCUGAAUCUAUUAAGAUUCAUCACAAUUGAGAUCAAAAGGAUUACAUUCCUGUAAUAUUAUAGAUAAAGUAUGUGUUAAAGGUACACCUACUGCUACAGCGUG